UUGAUGAAGUUGAAAAUUAUCCAAAAAGUGUUAAAAAGAUAUUGAAUUAUUGAUAUCCAAUUUCAAUGGCGUCAGAUCAGAUGGAUUCGGAUGAACAAUGAACCCGACCCGAAAGGUGAACAAGGUGCAAAAUUGCGAGUGAUUUUUUAAAUCAACUUCGCCGGAAAUAAAUAAUACCCAACCAGCAAUUUUAGUUUCCAUCUUACCCACCGACUGGCCCUUUGAAUUGGGAUCUCUGCUUCCUUCUGUGCAUCCAUGGCUGCUUUGUCCAUUCCCAACCAGAUGAAGGCCUGGGUCUACCAUGACUUCGGCAACACCGCCGAUGUUCUUAAGCUUGAAUCCAGUUACCCUGUUCCUCAAAUCAGCGAAAACCAGGUCCUCGUUAGGGUUGUUGCUGCAUCUCUGAACCCGAUUGAUUUCAAGAGAAUUCAUGGUAUUCUGAAAGCCUUUAACUAUAACCCUCCGUCGGUACCGGGGUACGAUGUUGCUGGUGUGGUGGUGAAGGUAGGGAGUGAGGUGAAAAAAUUCAAGGUAGGAGAUGAAGUAUAUGGAGAUAUAAAUCACAAAGCACUGGAUAAGCCAAAGAAUGUUGGCACUUUGGCAGAAUACACUGCCACAGAAGACAAGGUGUUGGCUCUGAAGCCCAAGAAUCUGAGUUUCAUAGAGGCUGCUAGCCUUCCCCUUGCCAUGGAAACUGCCUAUGAAGGGCUCGAACGGGUUGGGUUUUCCGCUGGAAAAUCGAUUCUUGUCUUGGGAGGGGCUGGGGGAGUCGGAGCCCAUGUUAUACAGCUCGCAAAGCAUGUGUUUGGUGCGGCAAGAAUAGCUGCUACAGCCAGCACAGCAAAACAGGAGUUCCUGAGGAGCUUGGGAGCUGAUUUGCCUAUUGAUUAUACAAAGCAAAACUUCGAAGACCUUCCCGACAAAUUCGAUGUAGUCUACGAUGCAGUCGGGCAGCCUGAUAAAGCUGUGAAGGCGAUCAAAGAGGGCGGGAAACUCGUGAGCAUCGCAGCACCGGUUCCAAAUUUUCCUGAUGCUUUCUUCCUCCUCACUUCAGAUGCUGUCAUGUUAGAGAAACUAAAUCCUUAUCUGGAGAAUGGUAAGGUGAAGCCGAUCAUCGACCCCAAAUCUCCGUUUCCGUUCUCCGACGUUCUCCAGGCAUUCGCCCACCUCGAAACCUCGAGAGCUACUGGAAAAGUUGUGGUUUAUCCAAUCCCUUGAGGCGUCUCAGGUUUUCUGUGAUGUGUAYUUGGUUGUGUUUGGCAAUAAGUUGUGCAAAUCCUGCACACUCUGUUUGUUGUUGUUCAUGUUUUGUCCUUAGAUCAUGUACAUUACUAUUGUGGUAUUAAUAUGCUUUUAAGAUGGUAAGAAAUGUCUCUUUUGCCAUUGCAUCAAAAAAA